CAUCAUCAUCAUCGUACAGCGAAAUACCGUGAAGCGAACUUCACUGACCACAGCCUGCAUAACUUGCCGAACGGUUCGCACACCUCUACCGGCGCACUACAUGGUCGACCCCAUUUAACGAAAUUUGGUGCGGCCAAAUGUGCUAUUGUUAUGACUACCUGUAUAUACGCUGGAGCGAUGAUUAGCAAAAGCGGAGCUGCUUUCCUGGAGGAAAACGAGAUCUUCGUACCUGAAGAUGAUGAUGAUUAG